CCCGGGCGGAGCCAGCGCGGCGGCGGCGGCGGAGGGGAGCGGGGAGCGGGGAGCGGGCGGCAGCCGCGGCCGCACCAUGGGGGCCUGUCUCGGCGUCUGCUCCCUGCUCAGCUGCGUGUCCUGUCUCUGCGGCUCUGCGCCAUGCCUGCUCUGUGGCUGCUGCCCCUCGGCCAAGAACUCCACUGUCUCGCGCCUCCUCUUCACCUUCUUCCUCUUCCUCGGCACCCUUGUGUCCAUCAUUAUGAUAAUCCCUGGCGUGGAGAAGGAGCUGCACAAGCUCCCCGGCUUCUGUGAAGGCAGCGGGUCGGUCCUGGGGGUCCAGACCCACGUCGACUGCAGCAGCUUCCUGGGCCACAAAGCCGUGUACCGCAUGGGCUUCGCCAUGGCUGCCUUCUUCUUCCUCUUCGCUCUGCUCAUGGUGUGCGUGCGCAGCAGCAAGGACCCGCGAGCCGCCGUGCAGAACGGCUUCUGGUUCUUCAAGUUCCUGGUGCUGGUGGGGAUCACGGUGGGGGCCUUCUACAUCCCUGACGGUGCCUUCACCUCAGUCUGGUUUUACUUUGGUGUGGUCGGCUCCUUCCUCUUCAUCCUCAUCCAGCUUGUCCUCCUCAUCGACUUCGCCCACUCCUGGAGCCAGCUGUGGCUGCACAAUGCGGGCGAGAGCAAUGCCAAGGGCUGGUACGCAGCUCUUUGCAUCAUCACCUUCAUCUUCUAUGCCACCUCCAUUGCGGCCAUAGUGCUGCUCUACAUCUACUACACCAAGCCCGAGGGUUGCACGGAGGGCAAGGUCCUCAUCAGCAUCAACCUCAUCCUCUGCUUCAUCAUCUCUGCUGUGUCCAUACUGCCCAAGAUCCAGGAUGCUCAGCCGCACUCGGGGCUGCUGCAGGCGUCCCUCAUCACCCUCUACACCAUCUACGUCACCUGGUCCGCCCUGGCCAAUGUACCAACCCAGACCUGUAACCCCACGCUGCUGGUGAGGAACAGCACCAGCUCGGUGACAGCCACCCAGCCGCUGACAACCUGGUGGGAUGCCCCCAGCAUUGUGGGGCUGAUAAUCUUCAUCCUCUGCACCCUCUUCAUCAGCGUCCGCUCCUCGGACCACCCGCAGGUCAACAAGCUGAUGCUGACGGAGGAAAGCGCGGCCGGUGCGGGCGGCGAGGCGGCGGCCGUGGAGAGCGGGCUGCACCGUGCCUACGACAACGAGCAGGACGGCGUGUCCUACAACUACACCUUCUUUCACCUCUGCCUCCUCCUCGCUGCCCUCUACAUCAUGAUGACUCUCACCAACUGGUACAGGCCAGAUGAGAGCUUGCGGGUGCUGACGAGCCCCUGGACGGCCGUGUGGGUGAAGAUCUGCUCCAGCUGGGCCGGGCUCCUGCUCUACCUCUGGACGUUGGUGGCUCCGCUGGUGCUGCCGAACCGGGACUUCAGCUAAGGUGGCCCCGGGCAUCCUGCUGCCGGGUUGGAGCCACCGUGGCCUUGUCCCUGGAGGCCGGGGACAGCCCUAGCUCUGCCUCGGCCUCAGGUUCUGCAUGCUGGAGCUGCUAUGCUGGGUUGUGCCUUCUUGCAGGUUUUCUGUUUUAAUUUGAAAGGGAUGAAGUGCCAAGCAGGGAAAAUCAGCAAGGGCUGAGAAAAACUUGAAGAUGUUUAUAAAGCUCUUAUCAUCUCCAUGUUUGUCGGUGCCUUUGGCGGUACCUCCACACCCUCUUCUAGCGGAGACCACCGCCUUGCCUUGGGAGGGUUUGGUUUUCACCAGCUGCUGUCGUCGUCUCGCUUGGUGCCCCGGGACCGCGGUGCCUUUUGGAGGGGCUCUGGGGACCGGCUGUGUACCAGGACCCAGGACCUGGCCGCUGUUGCCUUCCAAAACAGCCUGGAGGAAAAUGAAUCUCGGGGAUUUGUGGCUGGAGGCAGAUGUCCCACUGCACCCCCCAGCCUCAGCAGUGGCCCCAACUCCUCGAGGGCUCUCCUGCCCAGCCCUCCCUGUGGGACAGUGGGUCCCUAGUCCUUGCUGGAGGACAGGUCGGGUUUCCCGCAGGCUGUGCUGGCCUGGCCCCAAUGUCUUGCCUUGUUAAUAAAGUCUUGUUUGGAAUAAA